AUGGAAACGUCUUCAAGUAUUCCUCAGAGUUCAUAUGACCCAAAUGCUCCGCCUCAAUCCUCUCCUGCAUUUUCCCAGCCAUUUACUACACAAAUUAUACCUGGGACAACCGUUAUUGGAACGGGAACAACUGGAGAUGUAUGGUCUUAUACAAUUCCCGACAUAACUUCUGUCGUUGGUCCCUCGGCAAGUGACAUCCCUCCCCCUUCUCCCUCGCCAUCGGCCCCGGCCCCGGCGCCCGUGCCCGAAUCUUCAGGCAGCUACGUGGCUUCAGAAAUCAUCAUCACUGGUACGACGGUAUUUGGUGGCUCAGAAACCGGUGUUCCCUGGUCAUACACGGUCCCAGACCAGACCAUUGUCACAUCAGUAUUUGUCCCAGCCACCCCUUCCCAGACGCCAACUCCUUCCGAGUCACUGCCAUUGACGGAUCCGCCGACUUCUAAUGUUUAUUCCCCUACGCCCCUAUCUCCCUUGCUGCCUGGUUAUACGGAGCCUGUCCCUCGCCCGCUGCCGGAUUCGAGUCACACAACCCUCUCCGGUGGGAUUGUGGGCGCAAUCCUGAUUGGUUUAUUAUUACUUAUGUUUGCCAUCGCCGGAUGCCUUUGGCUUCGUCUUCGCAGACAACGACGAGAAGGUGUUGCAGACCCAGAACGCGUCAAGGAAAAGGAGGUUGGGGCUGUAUGGGGGCGUGGGUGGAGGAACGAAGACAAUGGGUUCGGUGCAUGGAGACAACGGCCGAAUUUGAAUAACCAGGGUGGGGGUGGAUCAAGUGGUGAUGGACAUACGCCAAGUGUGAUGAGCGAGGCAGUGGCACCAGCCGGUGCCUUGCGAGGCGGGCCGACUGUCCGUUUCCAACAGGGCCCAAGGGUCGGUCCGGUGCCGGGCAACGAAAGCUCUGAACUGUUGAUUGAGCGAGCAAAUAGAGGUGCGGGACGUCUCAAACUGAAUUCCCCCAACACGAGGCCCAACGCUCCCAUCCCGAUGAAGACCAACGUCCCAUACCCAACUCCCGCGCGAUACCCACAGGCACACGGAUCUGAUAAAUUCCCAUAUACGACCAUAGAUAACCGAGCUCCAUCCUCUCAUACGAUGCAACGCAACGUCAAUAUCAGGACCAAUGACGACACGAAUAAUAACGAUCCCUCCUCAAGUAGAUCUCCAACCACAAAGCCAAAACGACCGAUCCCUGCUCCAUCACCACACGUUUAUGCACCCCCACCAGGAGACACACCAGAACCGUCACCCCAAACUUCACAUUUCACGAAUCCGUUCUCGACCCGUCCCACAUCUCCAUAUGAUCGCGCCUCUUCACCCUAUAGCUCCCAUACAUCCAAUCACGGACGAAGAGUUCUUUUAAAACAUUCAAAGGAACGAAUCAAUCCCACCGUAUUGGCUUUCAAACGACACAUGCUCCCCACACGAGGUCCAAGCGUCCGUCGCCCAAAGACCGAACAGACAACACCUUCAACACAUUCAGCACCUCCGCCUUCUUCCGUGGCCGCUCCAGUCGCAGCCAGACCGGGACUCUCCACCCUCCCUUCUUUCAUCCGCGAACGACGCUUUGCUCCAGAGACCUCUCGACAGGGAAGUCGAUCUACAUCCCAUGGCGAAGGUGAAAGUGUGAUUUUUUCACCAUCAUCCAGACCAGCUCAACUCCCAUCCCACGCUCCGACACGCAUAAACUCGCCUACGCCGCGGAGUACUCCAGCCCCUUUACAACCAAGAUUGCCAAACACGCGCGAUGGGUAUUUGUCUCCACCCGCUCACGGGUAUGGCACGCGGGACAGAUCUUCCCAGUCAACUAGUACAACGCGGAGCGGAGGCACGGGUCAGAGUCGAGACACCCGCUCCACAGGGCGAAGUGGUGGUUCAGUGAUGACGGGACGGAGUGGCGAUAUAGACAUACGGGGAGAAGUGGCGACAGCAGUAGACUUACGAGCCCGACUCGUGGAAGGGUCCUAUCACAGAUUCAAGAAAGCGAUCGUGAGCCUGGUAUCGGACGGAGAACAAACGAUCCUCCUCGAACGCGACGAGAAGUAA